UUGGGGAGAGAGAAAGAAAAAGAACAAGAACAACGACAUCAUAAGAUAAGGCAUACCAUAUGCUUGUUUAAUUAACACCUGAGGCUUUGCUUUUUGCUGAGGAAAGAAAACUGUGGACUUUCGAAGGUUACAACAUAACAUUGUUUGUCACAAAAAAACAGGAAAGAAACACAACAGCAGUUAAGAAAGCCAAACAUUUCUCCAUCAUUAGGACCCCCCUAAUGCACGUACCUACCUGGUGGAAACGAUUCUUCUCAGAGACUGGUUUGCAGGGAAAAAGCCUUUUGAACGUUGCAAUUCUCCAUUUGGCUGUUGAGGGUCCACUGCUUUGGCUUCUAUCUGAGAGUGCUGUUCGCUGCCUCUUAUAAUGCAAAAGGCCAAAGAGUUAAACUUGGAUUAGCACAAUUUUCAUGGUCUGCGAGAUGGAGAAUGAUUGCAUAGAGGACAUGGACAUUGAGGCCCUUCCUUCAAUGUGGCCUGAAGAUAUUGGAACUGAUGUUGGAAAGCAGUUUAUAGAAAAGCCUGGAAGGGACCAAGACAUGUUAGAGGAGGUUACUAUCAUGGAGGAGCCAACUAUAGUUGAUUUCAAGCGACUCAUGGAGCUUACAAAUUUUACAGAAAAAGGGUCUUCUCAGUUGGCGUACCUAAUGAAACACUGGGAGUACAAACAGGCCAAUGUUGUGCGUCUUCUCAGAGAAGAACUCGACAACCUUAGCAAGCAAAGGCAGGAUGUUGAGCUCAGGAAAUUAGAGAUAUUGGAAGAGCAUCGAUUUGAGGAAGAAAGAUAUGGGGGUGAUAAACGCCCAGUUUCUAUUUUGGAUGACGUUUAUGAUGGUAUAUGGCAUGAUAUACCUUGCAGGAAAAGUGAUGCUGUGGUUCAAAACAAGAAGAACGAGAUUGAUGCUGAGUAUGACACCGUCAUGUACUGGAAACAGCGAGCCUUGCAAUUAGAGAAGCAGCUGGAGGCAAGUAUCCAAAGGGAACAGAUUCUUGAAGAAAAGCUGCAAGAAAGUAUAGCAAACAUUGAAAGGCAAUCCUCACCUGUGGAAGAACUGUCCCAGAUCCUGAAAAGAGCAGACAAUUUCUUGCAUUUUAUACUGCAAAAUGCACCUGUUGUUAUUGGCCACCAGGACAAAGAUUUGCGCUAUUGCUUUAUAUACAAUCAUUUUCCAAGUUUACAAGAAGAGGACAUCAUAGGAAAAACGGAUGUUGAAAUAUUCACGGGAGCUGGUGUUAAGGAAUCUCAAGAGUUUAAGAGAGAAGUUUUGGAAAAAGGAUUGCCUGCAAAAAGGGAAAUCACUUUUGAGACAGAACUGUUUGGGUCAAAGACAUUUUUGAUAUACGUAGAGCCCGUGUUUAGCAAAGCAGGGGAGACAAUUGGAAUAAAUUACAUGGGAAUGGAUAUAACAGAUCAGGUGAGAAAAAGGGAAAGGAUGGCAAAGAUUCGGGAAGAGAUUGCUGUUCAGAAAGCCAAGGAAACAGAACUAAAUAAAACCAUUCACAUUACAGAGGAAACAAUGCGAGCAAAACAAAUGCUGGCGACAAUGUCUCACGAGAUAAGAUCUCCUUUGUCUGGGGUUGUUAGCAUGGCUGAAGUUCUUUCUAACACAAAACUCGAUUGGGAGCAAAGACAACUCUUGGAUGUCAUGCUAUCUUCUGGAGAUUUGGUUCUUCAACUUAUAAAUGACAUCCUUGAUCUUUCCAAGGUUGAGUCAGGAGUCAUGAAAUUGGAAGCUACUAAAUUCCGGCCAAGAGAGGUAGUCAAACAUGUACUCCAGACUGCUGCAGUUUCGUUGCAAAAAGUACUAACCUUGGAAGGACAUGUAACUGAUGAUGUACCUAUUGAGGUCGUUGGUGAUGUUUUAAGGAUGCGGCAAAUUCUCACAAAUUUAAUCAGCAAUGCCGUCAAGUUCACCCAUGAAGGCAAAAUUGGAAUAAACCUUUACGUCGUGCCAGAACCUUCUUUUGCAAAGGCAGAAUGCAUGCAAAAGAUGACUUCAGAGCAUUCAACUAUUUCAGUGAAUGGUUUGAAAGAAGAUAAAUAUCUAUCAACGCCUCAAAGUGGCAGCAACAGAAAACCUCUUGGUGAUGAUUGUCCCAGCCAAAACCAUGCAUUCAAUGAUGAAUGUAGAUCACCGGUCAAAAGCGAAUGCUCAAUGAAUGGAGACACUGAGGAGCAACCUUAUUCAGCUGGAACAACAGUGUGGAUACGUUGUGAUGUAUAUGACACAGGCAUUGGAAUACCAGAAGAUGCUAUUCCAACCUUGUUUAAAAGGUACAUGCAAGUCAGUGCAGAUCAUUCUCGAAAGUACGGUGGCACCGGGCUAGGAUUAGCAAUAUGCAAACAGCUGGUUGAGUUGAUGGGGGGUCGUUUAACCGUGUCUAGCAAAGAACAUUACGGUUCUACCUUCACUUUCAUACUCCCAUACAAGGUUUCAAAUGCUUGUGAUAAUUCUGAUGACCAGGAUGAGCUGUCUGAUGUAGAGAACAAUGAUGCUGCAUCUGAUGAUACAAUAGAAAGUUUCUUCCAAUUCCAGCCACGCACUUUGGGCUCUCUGUUCUCUUCUAAUGGAUGUAGCAGGACACAGAUGUUAUUACCAAACAAAAUUGGCUACACAAGCUCCCAUAAACUUGGUGGAUUUUCUGACAGUUUAUAUGCAAUCCUCUCUAAUGAUAUCAUGUCAAAAGAGACAUGCUCAGUUGACGAUUCAUCUUCAGUUGUUGAUGGUCCAGAAAUGUCUGAAUCGGCCAGUUCAUCUGGUCACAGCUCAGAAGCAAAGAACAGAAGUUUAGUUAGCAGAGAUAAACUGCAGCAAGAUAAGGCUCAUACCUGGUCCUUGAAUGGUUAUGCAGAUUCCUCUGAAGCAACUGUAGCAAGUGGAGAAACGGCUGCAGCAACAAAGUCAUGUGAAUCCCAACAAACAUGUCAGGGUCAGGGAAAGACAAGCACAACUAUCCAAUCAAGUAACUGUACACCAGGAGUAACCAAAUCCUCAUCAAGGCCUAAGAUCCUUCUUGUUGAAGAUAACAAGAUUAAUAUCAUGGUGACACAGUCCAUGAUGAAGCAAUUAGGCCAUAGCAUACAUGUUGUGAAUAAUGGCGUGGAAGCUGUACGUGCAGUUCAGCGCUGCUCUUUUGACUUGAUUCUGAUGGAUGUCUGCAUGCCAGUUAUGAAUGGUCUUCAAGCAACAAAACUGAUUCGAUCUUUUGAGGAAACAGGCAAUUGGGAUGCUGCAAGAAAUGCUGGAAUCGAGCUAAGUCUUUCAGAUUCAUAUUAUGAAUGUUCUGAACCUUCUAGAAAGCGAAUUCCUAUUGUUGCUAUGACAGCAAAUGCUUUGUCAGAGAGUGCUGAAGAGUGUUAUGCAAAUGGAAUGGACUCGUUUGUGUCAAAACCUGUAACUUUCCAGAAACUGAAAGAGUGUAUUGAACAGUACCUGAGGUGAUACACUGAAAUCCUUGUAAAUUUCAGGUAGUGUAUAAAAGAAUGUAUGUAUAAAAGCAUAGGAAAGUUUUGUAAUCAAUGCAUCGUGUUCUGAAGGAAAUGCAUGAAUAAUAAGUUAGUAUUAACUA